UGUAUGAUUGUGAGGACGGUUGAUCUAACCACACUUUCGUCAAAGGAAGUAGAAUGGUUUUUAAGUUGAACUGUUGUUCAGAGUAACUCGCCACCAAGACAGAAUGGAUCACGACUGGCUCAAUGUUCUACUCCUACUGAAUACCCUCCUUUACUGUGGUCACUCUCAAGAUAAAAUAAAGCCUGUAGUGACACUGAAGCCAAACAGUCCAAUAUUAAUUGGAGAGACUGUCACUAUCAGAUGUGACAUACAGGGGGGAGGAGACACUGACUGGGAGUAUAACUUCUAUAAGAAUGGUCAGUCAGUUUACUCUGACACAAAUCCUGAGUACAGAAUCAGUCCUGUCUGUACAUCUCAUACUGGGUCAUAUACCUGUAUGGGUGUAAAGGGAAACAAGGAAUCCAUAACCAGUGAUGCUGUACAACUGACCGUGUCAUAUCAAUCCAAGGCUGUCCUGAGUAUCUCUCCUCAGUGGAUGAACCCUGGAGACUCAGUGACUCUGAACUGUGAAGUUAAAGAGUCGUCUACAGGCUGGAGGUUCUCCUGGUACAAGACUGUUCCCUACAGAGCUGGGUUACCCUCUCUAUUGGACAAGUCCUACUCUGUAGAGCCCCUAUCUGGAUAUGGGACUACUGAAGAGUCUUACACUCUGAGUCCUGCUGGUCCUACUGACACAGGAGGAUAUGUGUGUAGAGCUGGGAGAGGAGACCCAGUCUAUUACACAGACUACAGUGAACCUCAGUUUCUCUGGUCAGGAGAUAAACUAAAGCCUGUAGUGACACUGAAGCCCAACAGUCCAAUAUUCAGAGGAGAGACUGUCACUAUCAGAUGUGUCAUAGAAGGAGGAGACUCAGAAUGGGAGUAUGACUUUAUAAAGAAUGAUCAGUCAGUUUACUCUGACACAAAGCCUGAGUACAGAAUCAGUCCUGUCUACACAUCUCAUACUGGGUCAUAUACCUGUAUGGGUGUAAAGAGAAACAAGGAAUCCAUAACCAGUGAUGCUGUACAACUGACCGUGUUUGAUCUGCCCAGGGCCUCAGUGAAGAUAGUCUCUCCCCAGGAGCCACUGUACACAGGAGACAGAGUCACUCUACAGUGUAACAUACCAGAAUACACAGACUGGACUUAUGUCUGGUACAGAGACCACCAAUACCUUCCCAGUCAGACCAGUAAAACCAUCACUGUCUCUCUCCCUAUCAAUGCUGGUCAGUACCAGUGUCAGGGGAAGAGGACAGAUCAGCCCCAGUCAUCAUAUAUGAGUCCUAAUCACCCCAUCAGUGUUACUGCUCUACCAACAGCCUCAGUGAGUGUCUCUCCUCAUGGUCUCCUCUACUCUGGAGAGACUGUUACUCUGCAGUGUGACAUAUCAGACUACACAGACUGGACAUACUGGUGGUACAGAAAGGAUCAACUACAGAGUCCUGGUUCACCUUCUAAAACCAUCACCACUCUGUCUGACCAGGUGAGUCAGUACCAGUGUCAGGGGAGAAGAACAGAUCGUCCCCAGUCGUCACAACGCAGUGUUUACCUCCACAUCAGUGUCACUGCUAAUCAGCCAAAGGCCACCCUGAGUUCAGACCAAAAGGACAUAUUGACAGGAGACAAUGUGACACUGACCUGUACUGUAGAGUCUUCUGGAUGGAGGUUUUACUGGUACAGACACAGACAAGACUCUGAACCAGUAGCUACAACCUCUGGAUCCUCCUACACACUCAGCCAGGUCAGUGUCUCUGAUGGAGGACAGUACAGGUGUAGAGCUGGGAGAGGAGACCCUGUCUACUACACCCAGUACAGUGAACCAGUCCACAUACAGGUUACUGUUCCUGGUUCCUCUACAUCAGUUCUGGUAGGAGUGGUUGUGGGUCCGGUUGUUGCUGUUGUUCUACUGACCAUCUUCUUGGUCCUGUUGUGUCGAGGUUGCUGUGGUAAAAGAAUAUUCCAGCCCAUCCAUCCCCAGAGCACCAACCAGGACCCCCAACAGGACCAAGGAUCUACCCAGGUUCAGUCUCCUGAUGCUGGGUAUACAGGAAAUUCAAACAUCUACCAUCUGAUCCAUCACCCAGACAACAAUGAUAAUGAUUCUGCUGGUGUUUCUGCUGCUGAUGGGUCAGGUGAUGUGAAGUAUGACAAGAUUCAACUAAAGAAGUUGGACAAGAAAAAGAGAGAAAAGCCAGAUGAUCCAAAUAAAAAUAAAGUCUACUCUGAGAUGAAGACAGUGAAAACUACAGCAUCGUCUGGGCCAGUUGAUGUAACCUAUUCUGAGAUUGACCUAAAAACAAUGAAUCAACAUCCCUGCCCGAGUCAGAAUCAGUUUAUUCUCCAGUAAAAACAUUCCCGUCCAUAGUCCUUGAGGGAGAUGAACACAAUCAGUUGAGGAACAGGAACAACCAGGGAACAUGGAUGUGGUUUUUGUACCCACACUCUCCCUGUAAACACAGAAAUGUGACACACACCUUACACACCCAAUCACUUAUGGACCACACACACAAAAAUGCCUUAUACAUGAAGGAUUUCUAUCAUACUUUGCUAUCAACUGAUACAAUAUUUUGAUUAUUCUAGCUAGAGACUGUUGUUUUUAUUGGUUAUUGUACAGUAGUUUUGUAAAUCUAUUGACAUGUAUCAUUUUUGACUUGUUGGUUAUGACAUUCAAAUGAUUUAAUCAAAUAUUUGUAAAUUAUACUUAAUAAUAGAAGUGAAGUAUUAUCAAUCAAUCAAUCACAUUUUUUUAUUAAGCUCUUUUUACAUCAGCAGUUGUUACAAAGGGCUUUUGCAAAACACCAAGCCUGAAAUCCCAAGGAGAAAACAACAACACUGUUGAAGCACAAUUGCUUUGAAAAAAUCCCUAAAAGGUGCUGAAAUUUAGGAAGAAACCUAGACAGGGACCAGGCUUGGAAGGGUAACCUCUUCUGGCUGUGCCAGGUGAACAUGUUAAGAGUAUAAGUUGUAAUAAUUAAUAAAUGCAUGUGGGCUGUGUCCAGAGUCAAUAAAACCUAAUCAAGGUCAGAAUCAUGACCAGAUGGACAAGGACAGGGUCAACCUGGGAGGGGUCAGCAGAGUGGCAGCUGGAAUCGUCAGGUAUCUUCUUGAUCUGCAACACAACCAGGAAGAUUUAGAACAGGGACAACAACGAGUCUUUUAGCCUGGUACUCCGGAGGUGUGGGCCAAGACCUCAUGUCCUCCUAAGUUUAAAUGGAGCAAGAGAGAAAUUUGGAAAGCACAAGGAUUUACAGUGGAGAAGGAGAACUGACCCUACUCCCUCUGAACAAUAAUAUAGCAGCAUAAAACCAUGGGGCUGAGACUGGGGUUUCCAGUGGCACUGUAUUAUACAGUAUACCAAAUGUUUUGAUGUAAUUGCCUGUCAUUUCACAAUGUCGUUGCUUUGUUUUUUUAAUAAUAUUUGUUUUCAACCACCAGAUGGCAUGGCUGCCUACCUGUGUGCACUAACAACCUAAAUCAGAAGUUCCCAAACUAGGGGUUGUGACCCCAUAUGGGGUCACCAGAUAUGAAAAUGGAGUCGGGGGAGAAUGUUUUACAAUGGACUCUCAUAGCCUCAAAUA